AUGGCCAAGUCCAAGAACUCCUCGCAGCACAACCAGUCGCGCAAGGCGCACCGUAACGGUAUCAAGAAGCCCAAGACCUCGAGAUACCCGUCGCUGAAGGGCACCGAUCCCAAGUUCCGCCGUAACCAUCGCCACGCGCUGCACGGCACCAUGAAGGCUCUGAAAGAGUUGAAGGAGGGCAAGCGCGAGACGGCAUAG